AUGACGAGAAGAGCGGAAUUCGAGCUAGGUUUCUUCGUGGCUCUUCAAUUCAUGUUUCUGUUCUCUCUAUGUUCAUCUGAGAAACCAGUGGAGUUCUUACCAAAGAUAUCACCAGACACAUCUCCACAACCAUUCCUUCCUUUCAUUGCACCUUCUCCAAUGGUUCCAUACAUAAACAGCACCAUUCCAAAACUAUCAGGGCUUUGCUCGCUAAACUUCACUGCUUCCGAGAGUUUGAUCCAAACAACUUCACACAACUGCUGGACUGUCUUUGCUCCAUUGUUAGCCAACGUGAUGUGUUGUCCUCAGCUAGACGCUUCUCUCACGAUAAUCCUCGGCAAAGCGAGCAAAGAAACAGGUCUUCUUGCAUUAAACAGGACUCAGUCCAAGCACUGUCUCUCUGAUUUAGAGCAGAUCUUGGUAGGCAAAGGCGCUUCGAGCCAGCUCGGGAGGAUAUGUUCUCUUCACUCGACGAACCUCACUGCUUCUUCAUGCCCUGUGAUCAACGUGGAAGAGUUUGAAACCACUGUGGAUACUUCAAAGCUUCUCUCGGCUUGUGAGAAAGUCGAUCCUGUGAAGGAAUGCUGCGAACAAGCUUGCCAAAACGCUAUACUUGACGCAGCUACGAACAUAACUCUCAAAGCUUCUGAGCCUUUAACUGAUAACUCGGAGAGGAUUAACGAUUGCAAGAACAUUGUACACCGUUGGCUCGCUACUAAACUCGACCCUUCUCAAGCUAAAGAAACUCUCAGAGGAUUAGCAAACUGCAAAAUCAACACAGUGUGUCCUCUUGUCUUUCCGCAUAUGAGACACAUUGGUGAUAACUGCAGCAACGAGUUGAGUAACCAAACGAGCUGUUGCAGUGCGAUGGAGAGUUACGUGUCUCACUUGCAGAAGCAGACACUCAUAACCAAUUUGCAAGCUUUGGAUUGCGCAACUAGCCUUGGAAUAAAGCUGCAGAAGCUAAACAUCACUAAGAACAUCUUCAGCGUUUGUCAUAUAAGUCUCAAGGACUUCUCUCUUCAAGAAUCUGGUUGUCUGUUACCAAGCUUACCAUCGGAUGCAAUAUUCGACAAAGACUCGGGGAUAAGCUUUACUUGUGACCUCAAUGACAACAUUCCAGCUCCAUGGCCUUCUUCUACUCAAUCCUCUGCCUCUACCUGUAAAAAACCUGUUAGAAUCCCUGCUCUUCCAGCUGCGGCCUCCUCGCAACCAAGUCUCUACAAUGAAGGAGUUACACGUUUGGUGAUCUUUGUGUCAUCUAUGGUUCUUCUUGUGAUGCUUCUGUCAUAG